GAGAAAGAGAGAGAGAGGGGUAGGACAAGAGUGAGAGAGGCAGAGAGACGAAAAGACACAAAACUUGUGACUUUACAAAGCAGGGCAGGUACCAGAGGCAGGACGAUGAAGGCCGGCGCGGGACUCUUCUCUGCAUUGGCUCUGUUCCUCCUGAUGGGGGCAGUGUUCACCCAGAGACCUCGGCAAAAGAAGCCGACCAGGCGCCCAGCCACCUCCAGGAAACCUUCUGUCCCCAAGCCUGCUGUACCGGCAGAGCCAGAGCCCCAGGAGCCCACAGACUUCCCCCCACCUAUCCUGGGCCCACCCUCCAUUUAUCCUGACUGUCCCAGAGAGUGUUCAUGCUCCGCAAGCUACCCAAAUUCUCUCAACUGUGAGAACCGGAACAUCCGUGUGAUCCCGCUCAUCCCAUCCAGAACCCACUACUUGUAUUUGCAGAAUAAUUACAUCUUGGAGGUGACGGCAGAGUCAUUCGUCAACGCCACAGAUAUCCGCUGGGUGAACUUGGCAAACAAUCGCAUUCAUCGCAUUGACAAACAGGUAUUUGAGAAGAUCCCUUCACUGCUCUAUCUCUAUGUGCACCAUAACCAUCUAAAAGAAGUGCCUUCAGGCCUCCCUGCAAGCCUGGAGCAGCUCCGCCUCAGUAAAAAUCGCAUUUCCAAGAUACCAACUGGGGCUUUCAGCAAGAUGGGGAACCUGACUCUGCUCGACUUGUACCACAACCAGCUGAGUGACAGUGGCCUGGGAAAAAACACGUUCAAGGACCUGAAGAGCCUCAUGCAGCUCAAUCUGGCUCACAACAUCCUGAAGAAGAUGCCUGAUGGCAUACCCAGUGGCCUCAUUCAGCUUUUCCUGGACAGAAACCGUAUCAAUGACAUCCCGAGAGACUACUUCAAAGGCUUCACUCACCUGGCGUUUGUGCGGCUGAACUACAACCAGCUCAGUGAUAAAGGACUUCCCAAGGCUGUGUUCAACAUCUCCACCCUGCUGGACCUGCAGCUAGCCCACAACCAGCUCUCUUCUGUCCCACUCAUCAACGGUCACCUGGAGCACCUGCAUCUCAACCACAACAGCAUCGAGAGCAUCAACGGCACUCUGAUCUGCCCUUACGGACUGCAGAGCGACCUGAGUGAUCUCAGCCCUGUGCCCAGACUAAGGUACCUGCGUUUGGAUGGAAAUCACCUGAGUCCCCCGAUCCCUCUGGAUGUCAUUAUGUGCUUCAGACACCUCUACUCAAUUGUCAUUUAGGGGAAAACGUGCCUCAAGGCCUGGGGGCACGCCCACACACAUAAAUCACACGCAUGCACAUGUAAACACAUUGAUGACACAAGCACACAAACACACUCACACAAAGAGUCGUUGUGCACAAAUUAAAUUCAAGGAAAAUCCUGCUCAGUGAAGCCUGAGGUAUAUCCACCUGUACAUCCCGUGGAGACGAGUUAGUAAAAGAGGGAUUCCAGAUGAAUGAGAAAACUGUAAAACUUUAAUUGUUUCAUUGUUGUCACAUCCAGAACAAUGACCUCAGCAUCUGGGCACAGUGGACAUGCCGACAUUAAGGGUUAUAGGUUCUUGUAGAAGUCACAGUUUAUCCAUCCUUUUUUGUUUAUCAAAAACUAGAUUGAGUAAAAGCCUGAAAAUGCAGGUACAUUGACAGACACAACACAUACGGAGGGUAUUAUGUUCGCUUGCAGAUGUGAUUGGAGCAGCUGCCACGAUUAAGAACCAACAGACCAGCGGUGGAGGUCAGAAGAACCCGUUAAAAAACGUAACUACCAUGUAGUUGAAACUGUCCCAAAUGUGCCUGCGUGAUUUUCAAGGUACUCCUCACUUCAUGUAAAAAUGUCUUUCUAUUAUUUUUAUUCUUAGUCCUCUGUAUAUUAUUCUUCUGUAUAAAGAAGCUUUGUAAAAAUAAUGGAAAAUAAAACGUUUUCAUUCAUUUCAAAGAAA